CCCGCCAUGUCAACAAUUCUCAGGCAGGCAGCUAGCGCUGCUCGUAUUGUGUCGCGUGCUCGCGGUUUUUCGUCGACCGUCGCUUCCCGCAAAGACAUCAUCCAGGACUUAUACCUCAAGGAACUGAGAGGAUACAAGCCUGCGCCGGUCGCUAAAGAUGCUCAUGUCGGCGUAGUGAAGGCGUACUCGACCCCAACGGCACCGCAACCACCCACCCUUCCCACUGACAUCGCCUCGGAAUUGGCUGCUUACGAUGCGUCUGAACCAACUUUGGCUGAGGUAGUGGUUGAUGUUGCGAGCGAGUCGGCGGACACCACCAGCGGUGCGGAUGCGUAUCUCACUUUCCUUGAGGCAGACCUUCCCAAGCCCGAGGCGCAUCACCAUUAGACGGAGCACAGUUGCUUGUAAUUAAAAAAAUGCAAUUCAUGCCGCCAAGCUAAACGUUCACCAAGAACUUGUCAUCUGAGAAUCUCAGUAGUAUCUCUCACUGAUACCCCCGCAUUCAUUUUAAUUCCUAAUAUGUUCUCCUCUAGAUCUAAUAUAUAGGUUACUGUACUUAAAGGAUACAUUAAGCAAUGAUGAUG